UUUCUUUUCCUUCAUACUUUUGAAAGAAAAGCAGUUUGAAAAUCCCACUACCACCGCCACCUUGAUCUAAGAGCCGUUGCUUUAUCUAUUAUCCUCUUUUUACUGAACCAUGUCCAACGUUUGAUCAUAUUACCGUUACAAUUUUCAUCUCCAUUCUUAAGUAGUUUUCCACUUGUGGGUUCUUUUUGUCUUCUCCCAUUGAUCAGAUCAAGAUGGAUAUUCAAUUGAUCUGAACUUCUGAAGUCAAAUUAGCCAUGAGUUUCGCUGCUAAGGUUAUGCGCGGCGUUCGUCAGGAUCAAUCAGGAUCAUUCGUAGAUGGGAUUCACAAAACGAAGUUCAAAGAAAAGGAUAUUAAACCGUCCAGCAAGUUCCAUGAAGAAGAAAUCUUUCAUCAGCAAAUAACAACCGAAGCAUUUAUGGCCAAAUUGUUUGCUAGCAUUUCAUCUAUAAAAGCAUCAUAUGCUCAAUUGCAGUUCUGUCAAACUCCUUACGAUGUAGAUGGGAUUCAAGCAGCAGAUCAGAUGGUCGUAUCAGAAUUUAAGUAUUUAUCUGAAUUGAAACAAUGUCAUUCAAAGAAUCACCAUCUCGACGAUUCCACCUCUCCUGAAACCGCAUUGCUGUUAGCUGACAUUAAGGAACAGAAGUCUGUAUUAAGAACAUACGGGAUAACACGACAGAAGCUGAUUUCUCAACUCAGGCUUAAGGAUUCGGAAAUAACAUUUCUUGAAGAGAAACUAGACGAAGCCAACAAAGAGAACAAGAUGCUGGAGAAGAGAUUGAACUCUAACGGUUCAAUUUCUUCAAUUCCCAGCACACUCCAGCUUUCUACAUUGAAUGUGAAUCAUUUCAGAAAGGUUCUUGAUCAGACAGUAAAGCAUAUUAGGAGAUUUGUCAGGUUAAUGAUCGGUGAAAUGGAGAUAAUUGGGUGGGAUUUAGAUGCGGUCGCGACUGCAGUCCAACCCGGUAUUACUUUCCGACAAUCUACUCAGAAAUGUUUUGCAUUGGAAUCGUUUGUCUGUCGUGAGAUGUUUAACCAAUUCAACUAUCCAGGUUUCGCGGUUCAUUUAGCGAAAACCACCACUGGCAGCAGACAUAGGAAACAACAUAAACUUUUCUUUGACAGGUUUAAUGAAUUGAAGUCUUUCAAGACAAAGAACUAUCUAUCUCAAAGGCCGAAAUCUACAUUUGCUAAAUUCUGUUGUUCAAAGUAUUUACAACUGAUUCACCCGGAAAUGGAGUCAUCUCUUUUCGGUAACUUGAACCAGAGAAAGCUAGUAAUUGGAGGCGAACAUCAUCCAGAAACUGCCUUCUUCGCGGCAUUUAGCGAAAUGGCGAAGAGGGUUUGGCUGUUGCAUUGCCUGGCCUUCUCUUUUGAGCCUGAAUUUGCCCCAUCUAUAUUUCAAGUGGCUAAAGGGUGUCGGUUUUCUGACGUUUAUAUGCAAUGCGUGAACGAAGAAGAACAGGCUUUUCUUUCGUCCAUCUCAUCGGAAUCGAACCGGCCAGCACCAAAGGUUGGCUUCACGGUUGUUCCUGGUUUCAAUGUUGGUAAGACUAUUAUACAGUGUCAAGUGUAUCUGUGUUCAUGAUUUUGAUUCAGACACUUUUAGAAGAAGCCAUUGUAUUGUAGUUUUCAGUUAACUUCUGCAAUUUUUGUAAAAAGAAAUUGGAAUUAUCCAUGUGAUAUGAUAUUGGAGUUCAAUAUGAAGAUAUAAAAUUAUAAGGUAAAUUAUAUAUAAUAGGGUACUUCUUAGCUUA